AGCGAGAUGCGAAUUGGGCGAGUGUCGAGCGAGUGUUUUGAUUUUAGAGAAUUACAGUUUUGUAAAGUUAUUUAGAGUGAAAUCGUGUAGAAUUUAGUUUAAUUAAUGCUACUUUAUAAGUAUUAUUAAGAUUACUUCAUGUAACUUAGUGUAUACGUGUUUUACAAACGACAGGAGGUGUUUACGUUCGAAAUAAGGGUUUCUUGAUCGAUGCAAUAAAUAAAUCAUAAUUUUAAGAACAAGCGACGAGAUCCAAGCAAAAUGGGCGAGAAAGACGACUAUUUGACAUCGUACAGAGUAUUUUUCGAGAAUUUCGCGGCAACCGUGGACCCGGAGGACCAACUUCCAGUGAACAUCGCGGGCUACACUAUCACGGAGUCAGAGCUCCCGGGCGAAGUGAUCUAUUGGACCACCCAGUAUCUCACCGAGAAACAAUGUCCCCUGACGUUAAUGAUCCCGCUGCAAAGAAUUAUUUUGGACGAAGUGCAAAUCGCGGCGAAACAGUAUCCUUACGAGUUUGGGUUCGACGAGGAGGAAUCAGAAUACAUCGCCCUCCGGCUCAUGCAGGCGGUCACAGCGCGCGUCAACGACAUAUGUCUCCGGUACCUGGACAACUCGCGCCUGGACACUCUGCCCCCGCCCCCGCCGCCCGAGCUGCGGGGGUUCCCCACGUCCGCCUCCGUCACCAAGAACUCCAGACGAGCGAUGGAGGACAGACACUUCGAGAUCGGCAAUCUGGAGGCGCUGUUUGGAAUUGAGACGACGACCCCAACGAGUUUCUACGGCGUGUACGACGGUCACGCCGGCGCGGCGGCGGCGACGUACUGCGCGGCGCACCUGCACCAGUACCUUGCGGAGAGCGCGCACUUCGCCGCCGAUCUGCCUCGCGCGCUGCACCACGCCUUCCUGCGCACCGACACCGACUUCGUGCGCAAGACCAACCAGAAGCGCGCGGGCGGCGGCAGCACGGCGGUGGUGGUGUGCGUGCGCGCGCGGCGGCUGGUGGCGGCGUGGGCGGGCGACUCGCUGGCGCUGCUCGCUAAGCGCAUGCGCCUCAUGCAGAUCGUGCACGCCCACAAACCCGACCGCCCGGACGAAAAAAAGCGGAUAGAGGCGUCAGGCGGUAAAGUGAUGUACUGGGGCACGUGGCGGGUCAACGGACAGCUGGCCGUCUCCAGAGCUAUCGGUGACGCACAAUACAAACCCUACGUGACGGCGCAGCCCGAGAUCGCGGUGGUGGACUUGGACGGCGACGAGGACUUCGUCGUGGUGGGGUGCGACGGGCUGUGGGACUUCGUCAGCGAGGACGUCGUCGCGCUCACCGUGUACAAGACCCUCGCCAAUGACCCAAAUGACUUGAAGGCGGUGACGAAGAAUCUGCUGAUACAGGCGAAAAACCAGGGAUCCGAGGACAACAUCUCGGUGAUCGUGGUGUUCCUGAAGGACCCGCGUGACAUAGCCGCCGACAACACCCCGCCCAUGGAGCUUGGGCUGGAUAACGCGGUGGUGACUGCACCGCCGUUCUCCGUGGAGAAUGACGACCGGAAGGCGGACAACGUGUGCGUGGACAACGACGCGUCGGACAGCGACAGCGACGACCUGGGGCCGGAGACGGCGGUCGACGUCGAUGGUGAUGAUGUAGAUGCUGAUAGACCGGAGCCGGCAGCGCCCACGCCGCCAGCGCAUGCAGUGGAGGCGAAUCAAAUCGACGGCGGUCUGGUGGAUAAUGUAGCUGAGAGUGGCGAGGAGUCCGAGGACGAGUGGAACUACUACAAGGGCGAAGGGGAGCGCGAACAGGCAGCAGAGGAGGUAGACGAAGCCCCGCGCUCGGAGACACCUGGUCAAGACAACUCAGCUUGGGAAAGCAGCUCUGUAGACAUGAACAGUUCACCUUUGAACCCCGACGCACCUGUGUUCGUGCCAGGCGGAGUGGCCGGCUCGGAUCUGCUGCUGGCUGAAUCACCUCGGAAGCCAUUACCGAUGGACGACAUUGAGCUGCCUGAGGAGGCACAGUUUGAGACUGAAGCACAUAUCAGACCCGCAGAACUUGAUAACUGUGAUCAGUUGAAUGGGCAUCAUAAUUUGUCAAUGGAAGGUGUUACGGAACAUUUGAAUGGCAACAGCAAAAACACAAUGGACAGUUUGGGCUUUGGAUUCGAUGUGGACAAUGAACAAGACAAAAUUAAAGAUACAAGCCUCAUACAAGAUUUUGAAAGGAUACAAAAAGAUACCACAGACUUUUGCAACAUUCAGGUGUUCCAAGCACAUGAAACAAAUCCAUUUAGUGUUGAGGGCAACGAGGAGCUUUUUGAAAGACUGAAAAACAAGGAGAGAGAUCCAAUGAGCAUGAGUUUUUACCAAGAAAAAGAUGAUGACACAUGUGAAAGGUUUGCAAAGCCUGAGGCAUGUGUCGAUCUCAAUUCUGUCCAACCUUUGCCAGAGAGUGACGACGAAGACAUAGCAACAAAUGGUGUCUGUCAAAACUUGGGUGAGGACGAGAAAGAAAACAUUAACCCCGAGAGCAAAGAAACAGAAGUCUGCAACGAUGAACCAAACAAUGAUAUUGUGAAGCAAAAUAUUGAACACGGAGAAGUUAUGGGCAAUAACUUUGUGGAUUUCAAUUUUGAUUCAUCCAACAAUAUGCAAAACUACUCUCAAGACUUUGAUAGCAAUUUACCCCAAGAAUCGGUUGUCCAAACUGACACUCCCGAAUCUCACAAAUUACUUUUCGAACAAAUACCGGAAAUUCCUGACGGCAAAAGUUCGGAACUAGGUUUUAGUAAUGAGGAUGUGCUGGACCCAGAAAGUGAAAGAGAUCUGAGAGUGGCUACUCCACAAGACGAAGGUUCACAGGACAUAGAAAUGGAUAGCAAGUCGGAAGACCUACACCAGGACAAUGAGGUUCAGCAUCCAGAGGAAGUGGAAAGUUUGUCAAAUAAGCAGUUAGAAGAUGAUCAAAACGAAAUCGUGUCAGAAAUAGCAAAUAUCGAUGAGAAUAAUGUUGAAACAUCUCCCCUGUCACCUGAACCUGAGGAACAAUUGAAUGCUAUAUCUCCGGAAGUUAAUCACGAGAAUAUUAUUGUCGAUGUGCAUUGUAACUCUGAAACUCAACAAAAUGAUUUAAUCAAUGACGAGCCUCAGAGAGAGGAUGUCGAAUCGGAAUUGUUAGAAGAAAAAGUCGCUGGCGAAUUAUUGUCCAGCAAAUCUCCCCUACCCGCUGAACCUGUAGAGAAUCAAUCACAAUCACCAUCACAGACACCACAAAUACCUUCAGAUGAGCUGCUCUCCUCACAAGCUGUAGAAUCUCCACUCCCUAGUGAGUCUCCUGUACCCAGUAAAAGUCCGCUGCCCCAGGAGGCGUCGCCGCUUCGGGAACCUUCGCCGGCGCGUGAUUCUUUACUACCUAGCGAACCAGAGGUACUACAAGAGUCACUGCAGAGGGAUUCCCCUUCACCUUGCCAACCGGUACAUGACACCUUGCUACCCAGUGAAUCACCGCUUCCGAGAGAGUCUCCCCUCCCAACUGAGUCCCCCCUACCCACAGACCACAUACCAGAACCUUCACACGUGGAAGAAGAUAUGUUGGGUUCGAAAUCCCCCCUACUCGAUAAUAUCGAACCGGAAAUUCAAAACGAACCAGUCUGUCAACUGGAGACACUCCCCGUCAAGGAAGUUUCGAGGGAGCCGUCUCCUCUCCCGGCUGAGAUUCCUCUGCCUCGAGAAUCUCCGAUCCCGACCGAGUCUCCCGCGCCGGAGGAACUUCAGCUGUGCACCGACAUCGAUGAUGUACCACGCGAGCAGGAGGUCAGUCAAGCUGCACCUACGAGUGACGACUCAACAGCAGAACGACAGAGUAAUCUUCUAGAUUUCAGCGAUAAUAUUGAUAAUGAGCAAGCUCAAGAAAUCGUGGAGCAGAAGGAAAGUAUUCAAAUAGAAACAGAGAAAGAAUGUCAGAGAAUAGACUCCUUCCAAAUUGAAAGUGCGCCAUCGGAAGCGACGGAGAGAUUGACCGAACCGCCCGUACCUUCGAGCCCAAGCCCCGUUCAGGACGGAAUCACGUCGCAGACCGUCGAGCUGGUCGCCUCGCCCGCCCCGGCGGAUCACCCGUCCGCCCCGGCGGAGCUCCCGUCCGCCCCGGCGGAGCUCCCGUCCGCCCCGGCGGAGCUCCCGUCCGCCCCGGCGGAGCUCCCGCCCGCGGACGAUGUCAAGCCCGAGGCCGCGCCUACCCCCGACAUCGUGCCCGAGAGCCGAACCCGCACCGAACUAGUCACCGACAUCGACAUCGGCAUCCCCGAGUCCCACGCGCAGGAGAUCUGCGUGCCCGUGUCCAGUGAGAUCGCGGCGGAGGAGGCUGCGCCCGGCGCCACGCCCCCGCCCACGCCCGCCGUGCAGCCCGACCCCGCCCACGACGCGCCCAUCGCCGCCGCCAUCGCCGGCGCCGCCGCCGUCGCCGCAGUCGGAGCGGCCGCCGCCGGAGCCGCCGUCGCUAGCACCGAGACCGCUUCACCCAAAAAAUCGCCCGCGGCCGCGCCGAAGUCGGCGACGAAGACCGCCACGAAAUUAGGAGCGAGCGCCCCGCCGCGAACUCCGGGCUCGGCGACGAAGCGACCGACCGCGACCGCGACCAAGUCGCCCGCCCCGGCCGCCGCGCGCCCUGCCGCGUCCCGGACCCCCGCGUCCGCUACCAAAACGACGCCCGCGAAACCCGCCCCCAAACCUGCGACGCCCAAGCCGGCAGCUUCGCCCGUCGCGCCGGCGACGAAGGCCGCGGCUAAACCUACGACCGCCGCACCGGCCCGCGCCGCCCCCGCCUCGCGCCCUGCCACGGCCCGCCCGGCACCUAAGCCGGCGGCUCCCCGGUCGGCCCCGACGUCGGCGAAGGCCUCAGCCCCGGCCGCUCCCAAGCCCGCCGCUCCCAAGUCCGCCGCCCCGGCCGCCAAGCCCGCGGCGGCACCCCGUGCCGCGCCCCGCACGGCGCCGGCGCGAGCGCCCCUGUCAGCCGCACCGUCUAAACCCAAGGAAACGAAACCUAAGCCUGCGGAAACGAAGAAGCCCCUGACGAACGGCGACGUGAAGCCGGCCGCAAAGCCCGCCGCGCCCCGCGCGCCCGCGCCUCGCCCGCCCGCGCAGCGCCCCGCCCCGCGCGCACCCGCACCCGCCGCAACAACCAAACCUGCGGCGCCCAAGCCUCCCGUGCGGGCGCCAUUGGACAAGCAGAGCAAGGACCUCGCGAACAAACGAAUCACAGCGAAGGCGGCGCCGCCGAGGACCGCCCCAAUUAAGGCCCCACCCAAGACAACGGCGAGGGCCCCGAUCAGGAAGCCAGCGGCGUUGAACGGCACCGCGCCGCUGAAGCCGCCGCCGUCGCCGCCCGCCGACAAUGCGCUGCUACCCGACGUCAUCGCGUAGGCCCCCUAUUAUUUCCGCUUGAAUUUUGUGAUUUUCUUGUAAGUGUACGAUAGUUUUACCGCCCCGGGGCGAGACGUUAGGUGCGGGAGGCGACUCCCAUUUUAUAUUAUAGGAUCGCUUUACCGGCGCGCCGGCCGUCGACGUCCGUGUGAAUGCGCCCGCUUCUGUGUUACGAGGGUAAUCUGUAUAGAUCUAUUAAUUGAAGUGCCCUCUCGACGGGCGACGGGGCGUGGUCACACGUCGGCGAGAGUGCGGCGCGGGUGCGGGCGCGUCCGCUCGCACCCGCGCGCGAAUGAACGAUAUCGAUCUUUUCGCGUCACUAGUUACGAGUCCGUUUAGAUUUUUUAUAUUAAUGACGAAUUAUUGAUUUUUAAAUCUGGCUUUUUAAUUUAUUUCCUUUUUAUAACCGUAUUAUUAUAAUAAAAAAGUGUAAGGAAGGACUGAGAAAUUGUUUUAUUUAUGCCGGUAUAAAAUUCGACUUACUAUAGGAGUUAAACGAUGUCUACUUAAUUGCUACAUUUACUUAAUGUCAGUGUACUGUAUCAUGGUGUUACAAAAAAUAUUAAAUAGAGCAUUUUAUUCGAAUAAAUGGUUAUAUUACCCUU